GUAUAUUAAAUCGUGUCUCAUCAUCAGUUUUGCAUCCGUGAGUGCUAUACAACGUUUGCCAGAAGGUGUACAUCGAGAGUUAAAUAAUGCCUGCUCUGGAAGAAGUGAAAUCCAGUUGGGCUGAUGAUGUUGAAGAAGAAGGACCAGCAUCAUCUGCUGCCCUACCACCUACUUCAGAAGUGAUUGAAAAUGGUUAUAAAAUUGUCACAGAUUACAAAGUAGAUGAAGAUAAUCGGAAAGUGAAAGUCAUUACCACUUACAAAAUUGAACGCAUUAAAGUUUCAAAGUCAGUUGCCCAGAGGAAAACCUGGAAGAAAUUUGGAGAAUCCAAAAAUGAUAAGCCAGGUCCCAAUGCUGCUACUACAACUGUUGCUGAAGAUGUGAUUAUGCAGUUUGUAUCAAGCAAGGAAGAAGACAAGCUAGAAGAAAAUAUUUUGGAGAAACUUAAAGACAAAGGGGCUGUUAAAUGCCGCAACUGUGCCGGUGACCAUUGGACAACAAAGUGUUCACAUGGAACAACAAAUCUAAAUUUAGAUAAGUCUAUUGAUAAAGGUCCAGGUCUGGGAGGAAUUGGAGCAGAUGAUAAGAAAGCAGGAAAUAAAUAUGUAGCUCCUGGUUUUCGCGAUGGUGGCGCAAAACGACUUGAUCUCCGUCCCUAUGAUAGUGCGGAGUGUAUUUUAAAGCCAGAAGCGUAA